CACACAUCUCAUAAUAAGCAAAAUAAAAGCUAGCAAUAAGAGCCAUGGCUGCGACUAGAGCAUUAUUGGAGCUGUCCAUCUUUCUGCUGAUCACCGCCGCGGCAACCACCGCCCAAACCACCGAUCCAAUCACCACGAAAUGCUUCGAGGGGAACGGUGGUGACCAGCUGGAGCUGUCACAGGCAGUGCAGAUAAAGAAAUCCCUCAUUCAAGAUACUGAUCGACAGUUGUGGACAAACCGGCGCCGGCUACGCCUUCGAUCUUUACGGGGUGUGUUCUUUUAAGGUUGGAUACUCCUUGGAUGUUUGUAGCUAAGUUUAUCAGGACGAAAAUGUCCAAGUGAUGAUUUUACUUUUACUUUCUCGAGAGAUGAUGGUUACUAAUGGCUGGUGAAUUUCUUGUUUCCAAGCCGAAUAAAAAUGUCAUGUUAUAUCAUUAGACAUCCAGUUAUUGAUUUUGGGUUUGGAAAAAAAAAAAUUUAACGAGAUUUAGGGUUUGGAUUGGAAGUCUCUCGUCCACCAUCUGAUAGAUAGUACAAACGUCGGACAAUGACUCAAAUGAAUUAUGUUAACGUCUACAAGGUUGUGAAUAAGAAUUUGAUCCAAUGAUAAUACCACUUAUCUUUGAAGAUUAAAGCCUCAAAUUCAAAUCCAUUAAGUGACACCCUUAUAAAAAUAAAUGUAAGUCUACUACGUACUGCGGCGAGGCCGCGUGUGCGGUGAUUAGCGCGGAUUAUUGUUUGACGCAUAAUAUUUGUACCGUAGUAAAAUCGUAUAAAAAAACACUAUAUACAGUCAGUGGGGACGUGGGGGACCCAGGUGGAGGGUAGGGGGUCCGAGAACCCCCUCUAAAUUUUGGGAGAAAAAUUAAUGAAUCGCCAGUAGCAGUAGUUUGAGUAUGGAAAAAUGAAAAAUAAUAAUAUGGUAGUAUAUGCAAUUCCUUGGGAGUUCUUGGUUGGUGUUCUGCUAACUAUCGUACAAAGUCGUAUCUUUUUAGUUAAUAAGAUUCAAAAGGUUUAUCGAUCCUAGGGAGGGCAUAUCCAUAACAGGCAUAUAUAAAUUAUUGUACUUCAAAUAACAUCAAUAGUCUUAUUCUUCUUUAGGCUUUGCCUCCUCCCGUUGUAUAUAUUUAUAAGUUUCCUCUCGCUUAAUGAAUUUCGACAUUAUGA